CUGAAGAAAAUUGUUUGCUGGUGUAGUUUCAGAAUGUCAAGUACGGUGUCCUGGGUCCUAAAAUCUGCUUGGAACAGCAUUGCCACAUUACAAGGGGGUAGGCGUUUAUACUCAAGAUUUGCCUCAAAUAGGAGUAAGUCAAAGUGGAGGCUCUUUCCCCGGAUGCCAGCCACCCUGAGCUCCCUUUGUGACAGCAUUGCUCUGCAGAAAGUGUACAGACACACGUCUACAGAAGAGGACGAUUUCCAUCUGCAGCUGAGCCCCGAGCAGGUGAAUGAGGUGCUGCGAGCUGGCGAGUCAGCUCACAAGAUUCUUGACAUAAACGGCAGAGUCUCAAAUUCAGUUUUGCGGUUUGAGAGUAACCAACUGGCCGCUAACUCCCCAGUAGAGGACCGUUGUGGUGUGGCCUCCUGCCUGCAGACCGGCGGGCUCAUGUUUGGAAUCUUUGAUGGGCAUGGUGGCCACGCGUGCGCACAAGCAGUGAGUGAGAGGCUCUUUUACUAUGUGGCAGUGUCACUGAUGUCCCGUCAGACCCUGGAGCAGAUAGAGGGGGCUUUGGAGAGCAUGAAGCCCCUGCUGCCCAUCCUUCAGUGGCACAAGCAGCCAGGGGACAGCAUCUACAAGGAUGUCACAUCAGUGCACCUAGACCACCUCCGUGUCUAUUGGCAGGAGCUGCUUGACGUGCACAUGGAGAUGGGGCUGAGCAUCAAGGAAGCACUAACAUACUCCUUCCAGAGACUGGACUCGGACAUCUCACUGGAAAUCCAGGCCCCCCUGAAAGACCAGGUGACCAGGAACCUCUCACUCCAGGUUGCUUUCUCUGGGGCAACGGCUUGCAUGGCCCAUGUCGAUGGAGUGCACUUGCACGUGGCAAACGCUGGGGACUGCCGGGCGGUCCUUGGUGUCCAGGAGGACAGUGGCGUGUGGUCUUGUCUGCCCCUCACCCGUGACCACAAUGCCUGGAACCAGGCAGAGCUGUCACGGCUAAAGAGGGAGCACCCCGAGUCAGAAGGCAGGACAGUCAUCAUGGAUGACAGGCUGCUGGGUGUCCUCAUGCCCUGCAGAGCCUUUGGGGAUGUCCAGCUCAAGUGGAGUAAAGAGCUCCAGCGCAGCAUCCUGGAGCAGGGCUUUGACACUGAGGCCCUCAACAUUUACCACUUCACCCCUCCACACUACUAUACUCCACCCUACCUGACUGCUGAGCCCGAGGUCACGUACCACAGGCUGAGGCCCCAGGAUAAGUUCCUCGUGCUGGCCACCGAUGGUCUGUGGGAUGUGCUGGACAAUGAAGCUGUAGUGAGGCUGGUGGUGGAACACCUGGCCAAGGCCGGGUGGCACAAGCCUGACCUGGCCCAGACAUCCACCAACAUGGGGCUCCACGCUGUCGACCACAAUGCAGCCACGCACCUGAUCAGACACGCCGUCGGGAGCAACGAGUAUGGGGAGAUGGAGCCAGAGCGGCUGACAGCCAUGCUGACGUUGCCCGAGGACGUGGCGCGGAUGUACCGGGACGACAUCACUGUCACUGUGGUCUAUUUUAACUCAGACUCAAUUGAUGCGCAUUACAAGGGGGAUUAG